AUAUCGAAAAAUUUUUCAGUCAGCGUUUAAAAAAAGUUGCCCUGUUGAAAUGGGAGAAAUUCCGCGGGCCGCGGGAGAUGAAAAACGUUCGGAAGUGAUUGAACAGAUCAGAGAUAAUCAAAAGUAAUCAAAAGUAAUCAACAAUAAUCAACAAUAAUCAGAGAUAAUCAAUCAGCGUUAGAGAUAGCGAUAAUGUUCAAGUCAAGAUUGAACUUGUUUCGAAACGUACCUUGUCCUGCUCAGAAUUGCACAUUAGUCAACUGCUUGUUCUACCAUGGAGACACAGCGCUUAUUGAGCACAACCAGCCUGAUGAGAUCGAAGGAAUAAAGAUUAAGAAACAAAACUAUUGGGUUGAAGAGUUGAACGAGGUCACAGAGAGAAGAAAGAAAGUGGACCAGAAGAUCAAGCUACUUAAUCUUCAGAAGAAGUUGGCUGCUCAAGCCACAGACUCUGUCAGCGCUUCUGAUAGCCCGAAGAGACCUCUCCCGAUAGACAGUAAAAGUGAUACCAACAAUCCUCAGCAUAAGAACGAAAAGAAAUUGAAAUUAAGCAAGCCUGUUCCUGAUGCUAAAUUCUUAACUCCAAGGAAUAUCUUGCCUGUUGGUCCUGCUCCUGUUGAUAUCAGAUUAAAUUUAUUAAAACUAUUACAUAAAUAUUAUAUAAUUCUUAACCCAGACUGUAAAAAUCCAAAUACAAUUUGUAUCGAAAAGGAAUAUGAGUAUGCAACAAAAUACAAGUCUUCAAAAUUAUCUUAUUUGAAUGAAUUCAAAGCUUAUAUUUUUCAAUUAUCCAAAAAAAUUAAUCAAAACAAGAAAAAAUGA